AUGGCGGAGGAGGCGAUGGAGAGCUACCUGUAUGCCGCCUACCACCCCUACUCCUACCGCUACCCACCUCCCAAGGGCAAGGGGGGGGCGUCGGGCGGCUGGCGGCCGCGGGGCAGCGGCUACUUCUCGGGGUACGGGGAGGCGGCAGCGGCCGCCGAGUACUUUGACAACUACCAGCGGGCGCAGCUGAAGGCCAUCCUCUCCCAAGUCAACCCCAACCUGACCCCGCGGCUCCGCAAGGCCAACACCAAGGAGGUCGGCGUCCAGGUGAACCCGCGGCAGGACGCCUCGGUGCAGUGCUCCCUGGGGCCCCGCACGCUGCUGCGCCGCCGCCCCCCCGGCCCCCCCACCGCGCCGCGGCCCCGGGAGGCGCCGGAGCAGGAGCAGGGCAGCCCCGCCACCACCAGCACCCGCGCCGUGCGCUUCCCCCGCACCAUCGCCGUCUACUCGCCCAUGGCGUCCCGCAGACUCACCGCUCUCCUGGAGGAGCCGGGACCGGAGGCGGGACCGGAGCCGGAGCGGCGGCCGCAGCAGCAGGAGGAGAAGGCGGCGGUGGCCGUCGAGGAGGAGUCGGCCGCGCUGCGGGAGCAGCGGGAGUCGGAGGCGGCCGCCGUGCGGACGAGCUGGGAGAAGCCCUCCGAGGACGGCACUGAGUCCGUGGGGCAGCUCCCGGCCGCCACCCCGGAGCCGCCGCCGGCGGGGCCGCAGGAGAGCCAGGAGGAGGCAGCGGUGCCGGCAGCGCGGGCAGAGUCGCCGGCCACCCCCCAGAAGCGGGAGCCGGCGGCGGGCAAGACCCGCCUGCGCUUCCAGUUCCUGGAGCAGAAGUACGGCUACUACCACUGCAAGGACUGCAACAUCCGCUGGGAGAGUGCCUACGUCUGGUGCGUCCAGGGCACCAACAAGGUCUAUUUCCGGCAAUUCUGCCGAACCUGCCAGAAGUCCUACAACCCGUACCGCGUGGAGGACAUCACCUGCCAGAGCUGCAAGCAGACGAGGUGCACCUGCCCCGUGAAGAUGCGCCACGUGGACCCCAAGAGGCCCCACCGCCAGGACCUCUGUGGGAGAUGCAAAGGGAAACGCCUCUCCUGCGACAGCACGUUCAGUUUCAAAUACAUCAUCUGAGUGGGAUGGGUUGGGUUUUUUGUUUUGUUUUGUUUUUGUUUAGGGCUCUUCCAGAAACCUGCAAGUAGAGCAGACUUUUUUGUUGUUCUUGUUUGAAGGCACUCGGUGAGGUGUAGCUAGGGAAGCAUGCAAAUAAAAGUAUUGCAAAGCACGCUCAAA